UAACUUCUUUAUUUCUCCCUACUCUGACCUAUCUAAUUGCAGGUGUUUGACUUGUUUGACACAAAGCACAACGGAAUCUUGGGCUUUGAGGAAUUUGCUCGUGCACUCUCUGUUUUCCAUCCAAAUGCACCUGUUGAUGAUAAGAUUGAGUUUUCUUUUCAGCUAUAUGAUCUCAAGCAACAGGGUUUCAUUGAGAGGCAAGAGGUGAAGCAAAUGGUGGUUGCUACUCUUGCUGAGUCUGGUAUGAACCUUUCAGAUGAAGUAAUAGAGAGCAUAAUUGACAAGACUUUUGAAGAAGCUGAUACUAAGCACGACGGAAAGAUUGAUAAGGAGGAAUGGAGAAAUUUAGUCCGGCGACAUCCUUCACUUUUGAAGAAUAUGACCCUCCAAUAUCUCAAGGACAUUACUACGACAUUUCCGAGCUUUGUCUUUCACUCAAGAGUUGAGGACACCUGAUUUGGGAUUGAGAAUAAGAGUUGCUUACAAAAGUAAUAUAUUACUUUUCUUUUGGUUUCUGGGAAUCGAAGUUGGCUGGUUCCAUGGAUAUAUAACAUUAUGAUUGCUCUUUCUAUUUCCCCCAUGUUAAAAUCGACAUCUUCGGGAUUCAAUUCUUUUUGAGUAGUGUUUUUGUGAUUUGUUCCUAUGAAUUGAUGUCGACUUCCAAUUGAAUGAUGGUAUUGUGCUUGUUA